AUGACGGCCGUCCAAAGUGCUGAACCGCUGGAGAACGCUCCCAAUGGCUCGAAUGACGUGAAGCCGCGCCGGAACUCCACCAUACUAAAUCCUCGGUCCUACGUCGCCGAAGAGCUGUCAAAGCAAGCGCCCAUCUUCACGGGCAGCACCAAGUUUGAGCCGCUUCAAGAUGCAAAGAACAUACUCGUCACUGGUGGGGCGGGGUUCAUAGCCUGCUGGUUUGUCCGCCAUCUGGUGCUCACAUAUCCCCACUACAACAUCAUCUCCUUCGACAAACUCGACUACUGCGCGACGCUGAACAACACGCGAAUACUCGACGGUCGACCAAACUUUGCAUUCGAGCAUGGCGACAUUACAUCGCCGGCCGACGUCAAGCGAGUGCUCCGCAAGCACAUGAUCGACACCAUAUUCCACUUCGCGGCGCAAUCACACGUCGACUUGAGCUUUGGCAACUCGUAUCAGUUCACGAACACUAACGUAUACGGCACACAUGUCCUGCUCGAAAGAGCGAGGCAGCACAGCGUCAUCCGUUUCAUACACAUUUCUACGGACGAAGUAUACGGAGACGUACCAGUUGGCGCGGCAGAUCUGAGCGAGGCCAGCAUACUUGCGCCUACAAACCCGUACUCAGCAAGCAAGGCUGCAGCGGAGAUGAUGGUCAGCGCAUACAGGAGUAGCUUCAAGCUGCCGCUCAUCACUGUGCGCGCCAACAACGUCUAUGGACCACAUCAGUUCCCUGAGAAGAUCAUACCAAAGUUCAUCAUGCUCCUACAGCGACAGCAGAAGCUGCUCGUACACGGUGAUGGGUCACCAACGCGGCGAUAUCUAUACGCAGGAGACAUAGUCGACGCAUUAGACACCAUCCUGCACAAGGGCGUGAUUGGUCAGGUCUAUAACAUUGCCUCUAAAGACGAAGUGUCGAACACGGACAUUUGUCACCGCCUCCUAGACACGUUUGGGAUACCACGUCAGAGCCCGGCUGAUCUCGAGAAGUGGGUGCAGCAUACGCCUGACAGACCGUUCAACGACCGGCGGUAUGCGACAGACGGCUCGAAGUUGGCUGCAUUGGGGUGGGAGCCCAAGAUGGACUUCGACGAAGGACUGAAGAUCACAGUGGACUGGUACCUGGUGACAGGAAACGAGAUCUGGACGAUGGAGGAGCAUGACGAGCUGCCCUCUUCCGACGAGGAACUGGCACCAGCAGCAGAGCACGGUUCGACGUGGACAACGACAGCGUGGAACAGACUACAAGCGUCUGGAGGAACGGUGUAG